CGAAGAAGAAGAAUCAUACGCAUCGCCACGGUUGUUUCUGUUUGGAAAACUUUUGUGGAUAAAAUCAGUGUUCUGCUCUUGUCCUGCACAUGGAGAUCUAGGUGCUUAAUUUUUGUGAAAUAGGAAGUUAAAAAACGUUGUUUUUAUUAUUAUUUGGAUUCCGCCUGUUUAAAGAGGUUUCAAGUCAUUUGAUUUGUACAGCGCUUUUCACAACACACAUCGUUUCAAAGCAUUAUUACAGUAAAUCAUGCAUUAGCACUGAGAUAUCCGAAAAAACAAAAGCAAAUACGGUGCUGUAAGUAAUGAAAUUGAAUUAAAUCUGCUCGACGUGCUGUUAAAGAUGGAGUUUGUUAAAGAGGAGUUUAAAGAGGAGAGUGAAGACUUCAGUAUUUCAGAACCAUUCAGACUGAAGAAUGAACAUACUGAGGAACAAAGAGGGCUGGACCAGGGAAUCGAACCACUACGCGACACGCUAUUGGGCCAGAGCGAAGCCAAUUCAGCAACAUCAAACUGGAAACGCAUCAAAAGCGGAACAAAAUGGCGUAUCCGCUACCUGGACCAAUUAUCAGCAUGGAGAGAGCAGCACGAGCACAGAGCAGACCUGAUGAAGCUGAAAGAGGAAAGUCAAGAACUGAAUGAAGUGGAGGAGAAACAUCAGGAUCAGGAACCUGAUAAUUCCUUUAGUGGUGAAGAAUCUUUCAGUGGCACACAGACUGAAAAAAAUCGCUCACAAAAAAGAACUCGAAGAACAACAACAGAAAGUUCUUUUACCUGCCCUCAGUGCGGAAAGAGUUUCAAUCAUAAAGGAAACCUUAAUAUCCACAUAAGAAGUCAUACUGGAGAGAAGCCUUUCUCAUGCUUCCAGUGUGGCAAGAGUUUCAUACAUAAAGGAGGUCUUAAUGAGCACAUUAAGAUUCACACUGGAGAGACCCCAUACACAUGCCCUCAGUGUGGAAAGAGUUUCACACAAAAAGGAGGCCUUAAUAUCCACAUAAGAACACAUACUGGAGAAAAGCCGUUCACAUGCCUUCAGUGCGGAAAGAGUUUCGCACAUAAAGGAAACCUUAAUUUUCACAUAAGAACUCAUACUGGAGAAAAGCCGUUCACAUGCCUUCAGUGUGGAAAGAGUUUCGCACAUAAAGGAAACCUUAAUUUCCACAUAAAAAAUCACUCUGGGGUGAAACCAUUUGAAUGCAUCCAGUGUGGUAAGAGUUUCACAUACAAAAGAAAUCUUAAACAGCACAUCAGAAUUCACACUGGAGACGCCCCAUACGCAUGCCUUCAGUGUGUAAAAAGUUUUACAGACACAAAAUCCCUUAAGGAUCAUAUGAGAAUUCACACUGGAGAGACCCCAAACACAUGCCUUCAGUGUGGAAAGAGUUUCAAAGAUAAAUCAAGCCUUAAAAUUCAUAGAAGAAUUCAUACUGGAGAGAAGCCUUUCACAUGCCUUCAGUGUGGAAAGAGUUUCACACAAAAAGGAAACCUUAACUCCCAUAUAAAAACUCACUCUGGAGAGAAGACUUUUAAGCCCCGGCACACUCACGGCAAAGUGCGUCUUCGUCCUUCGCUCAGAGCCAAAAAGAAGUUUGAAACAGCUGAGCAACGACAUACUCUAUGGGAACAUUCAGACACCGAGUGCACCGCUGUGGGAGGCGUUUAGAAAUACAUUUAAAUAGGAGGAUGCUCAAGAAUAAAACAUCAACUAAAAUGACAUUAAAAUGUGUUAUCAAUGACUUUAUGCCUCAUUCUAUGAGUAGAAUUCACAGGACAUCAGUAAAAAGCUGUUUUAACCACUCGAUGAUGUAAAGUAAUAUAUAUGCAGUAGAAAAUGUGUAAUGCUUACUUUUGCAUUCAUGACGCUAAUGCGCUAACAUGCUAUAUGCGGUCAUAAUAUGCACUGAUUACACUUAUUGUUAUUUAUGAUGACACUGAUACUACUGCAAAGAUUGGUGUACAAAAGAGUGUUAAUGGGCAAAAUACAGACAAAAGAAUGAUGAUAGGCAUAUUUUAACUGGCUGUAGCAGUUCACCCAAAAAUGAAAAUUCUCUCAUCAUUUACUCACUCUCAUGCCAUCCCAGAUGUGUAUGACUUUGUCUUCCGCUGAACACAUUUGAAGAAAAACAGAAAAAUAUCUUAGCUCAGUAGUUCCUUAAAAUGAAAGUGGAUGGUGGUCAGACCUUUGAAGUUCCAAAAAUCACAGUCAGUAUAAACGUCAUCCAUACGACUCCAGCUGUUAAAUGUCUUCUAAAGCUUAACGAUCACUUUUGAUGCCAAAAAGAUACUUUAUAACUGUAAAUCAUCACUUCUGGUCAGUAGCAGUACGCACAUGUGACAUAAUCGCAUUGGCGCAUUCAUACGAGAACAGACGCACGUGCGACACACCUGGAAGAUCUUUGCUGUUUACAACUGAGUAGGAGCUAGUUGGAUUUGGUUUAGAUCUGUAUUUGUAUCUGUUUGUUUUCUCACAAUGGUGCAUUUGUGUGCUCAUCCUGGAUAUUUCAACCGAGAGAAAAACAUGAGUUUACAUCUGUAACAUGCCAACGGGAAUACUUUACAUAUCAGACCGUGUGAACUCUGCCCUCUUGUGAAUGCGUAUACUGCUGCUGACCGGAUCAUUGAUCCUUACAAUGCAAGUGAAUGGUGAUCGGAAAAUGACAUAAAGGAAACAUAAAAGUAAUGCAUAAGACUCCAGUGGUAAAUCGAUAUCUUCAGAAGUGAUAUGAUAGGUGUGGGUGAGAAACAGAUCAUAAUUUAAGUCCUUUUUACUUCGGAAAGUCACAUUUGGUGCCUGUUUAGUUUCACUUUCACAUCUGAAAUAAUGAAAUGUUAUUUUUGGAACUAAAAAGGUGUGAUCACCAUUCACUGGCAUUGUUAAGACCUACAGAGCUGAGAUAUUCUUCUAAAAAUCUUUGUGUUCAGCAGAAGAAAGAAUGUUCUACACAUCUGGGAUGACAUGAGGGUGAGUAAAUGAAGAUAGAAUUUUCAUUAUUGGGUGAACUAUCCCUUGAAUUCACAAUAGAUAAUGACAAAUCUAAACACACCAUUUAUUAAAAGUUUUUUUUUCAAAUAGUUGAUUGAAAUGUUAAAAGUUGUUAAAACAUUGAUAAUAUUCUGUAAUUGUUGUUAAUAAAUAAUACCCUUGAAAAUUACCAUUGUGUUACUAUAGUAAUGUUGUUACAAUUACUGUAGUAACCAUGUUUUUAUGCCAGAAAUCAUCUCGGUUUCAAAUGUAGACUUGGCUCCCUGAAAGGAGGGACCGUGAUGCUGAAUCAGUAGCUGAUGCUAUGGAAACUUCUCGCAGGAGUGAUGAUCUCUGAAGCCCAUAUAGAAUUGCAAAUCUUUUGGCAGAUGGCACUUGACACUUCGCCCCUUAAGCGCAUGUCAUCGCAGGUAUAUAAACUGGAGAACAGCACCAUUUCAUUAGAAUAGUUUCGACUUGGGAGGAGCCAUCUCUCAGUCCCUUAACAGUUAGAAAUGUGUAGUGUGGCAAAGCUACACAGCAUCUCAUUUCAGGGAACCAAGGUUAUGUUUGUAACUGAGAUGUUCCCUUUCAAGUCAACCUUUCGACGCUGCAUCAGAAGCUGACACUGUGGAAACCGUAUACCAUAAUACCGUGCUACUGAUUCAGAAGCACCAGAACAGUGCUCAGUAGCCAACAGGGUAGUGCAAACAUUUAAAAGUAAGCUCCUCUCCACAUUCAUUCAGGUUAAAAAACCUGGCAAAACCACUACAAGCAAUGGCACAAGCCAUUCAAGGUAGUGAAACAUUGACAUGGAGUGAGUCCUGCAUCCAUAUGCUGUGGAAACCGUAUACCAUAAUACCAUGCUACUGAUUCAAAAGCACCAGAACAGUGUUCAGUAGCCAACAGGAUAUUGCAAACAUUUAAAAGUAAGCUUCUCUCCACAUUCAUUCAGGUUAUAAAACCUGGCAAAACCACUACAAGCAAUGGCACAAGCCAUUCAAGGUAGUGAAACAUUGACAUGGAGUCAGUCCUGCAUCCAUAAGCUCUUGUGGAAGCGAAGCACUGCUUACACAGGGCAGUGUACUGGGUCCUCACCUUGGGAGGAACACUAAGUCACAAAGAGCAUUUCAGAGCAUAGAGCUGUCUCAUCAGGGUCCCUAGCCUGCAUUAUGAUGUUGAGCACUGACCGAGACAACCCUUGAGUGUCUAACAAUCCCAGUUCAAGGGCCAGACAUGAAGUUUGGCAUGUUUGGAGCAAACAACAGCGGGGUUUCCCUGUCUUCCCAGACCUUGCACAACAAUUUGUGUAGCAAGCACAAUGGAUGGACACAUAAUUAUGUUUCUCUGGCCAUUUGAGACCCAGGGCGUCCACGUCCAGCGGAGCCUGUCAAUAAGUUCCAGAGGCAACAGUGCUUUGCUUUUGGGGAGACAAACAAAGUCCAACCUUGGCAUCCCUGAAUACCUCUCAAAUCCUCUGAACUGUCUGAGGAUGAAGUCUCCAUUCCCUCGGUCUGACAACCUGGCAUGAGAGCAAGUCUGCCCCACAGUUCAGGCUACCAGGGAAGUGCACUGCACAUAUAGAGAUAUGUUUCUCAAUCCAGAGGAGAAUACAACACACAAGAACCAGCAUUGGUAGUGGAUGUACUCCCCCUUGAUGAUUUAUGGACUCCACAGUUGCAGUACUGUCCGUACAGACCAAAAUGUGAAGGCCCUGCACUUCUGCCUGAAAGGAUUUGAGAGCCAGGUGGACUGUGAGCAGCUCUAGGCAAUUUAUGUGCCCUUUAGUUCGAGAACAAAUCCAGGCUGAAUGCCAGAAGAUCGUCAAACAGGGCACCUAAGCCUUAGUUAGAUGAUAUGUCAUGCCUUCUUUGUCAGACCACUUGACAAAGUCAAACAUGAUAUCUCUUUCAAACAGAGAUUCUCAGUCGUAAGCAAAUAAACUGUAACUGAUUUUCCUGGUUAUUGGCCACCAAUAUAUCGUGCAUCCCUAGUGAACACAAUUCUUGUUUAGUGUAUUGCGUAUCGGCACAUCAUAGCAUGUUACAGAGAGGUCUAGCUGUCACUCCAGGAUAGAAAAACCAAAAUAAGUGUGCUAUGGCUAGGGUUGCCACUUUCUAAGUUGUAAAAUACGAGACACUCUCUACAGUUGUUUUGGGGGGUGGGGUGGCAGGUGGGGCGGGGGCGGGGGGGUUGGCGGCGGCGGCUUCCUGCUGGCUGAAGUUUUCAGACAGUCUUUAACACACCCUCAACAUUUUUAGCUUGUUUUAAAACAAUGUGAGGACUUUUCAGACGGCCCCUUACACAAUUUCCAAUGAAUACCCGUGUUAAAUGAAUGAUUUUGAACGAUUUCGCAAAUUAGACAAAUUGUGUCCUGUAAUGAUUAGAUAACGGAUGCAACAUUUCAUCUUUUAAUACAGGACAAUCCCAUAUUUUACAGGAUGGGAGGCAACCACAGCUGCUGGCUUUAUGCUGGAUAUGUAGUUUAGUGUGUUUAGGAAUCAUCAGACCGGAUUCAAGACUAAAUCGAUAAUCAUAUCAUUACAACAGGGGUUCCAGCAAAGGCAUAAUGAUGAGUUAACACCAGAGAACAAGACAAUAUACCUGAUAAAAAAAAAAAAGAAGAAGAAAAAUGGCAUGUGAACUGCUGCUUUUAUUGGUUUUCAUGCUUUAAUGAAUAAAACAUCUUGAGGGAUAUUGUGCUUACUGUUCAAUUUGGCGAAGUGUUUAAGGUAAAGUUGCUGUAAAAUGUUUAGGUACACAGUACUGGGUAUAAAGUACAGUAUACUCCUCUCCGUUAGCACUGUCUUUACUGCUAAACAAACUAUAUAUUAAGUUGAAACGAUUAGGAAAACCCGUUAUGAUUGUUGGCUUAAUUGUUUUUAUAUUGCAUAUUACUGCAUAUUUCAUGUUUAAUAAAAAAAAAAAUCCUGAUCAUUAUUGAAUCCCCCUAUGUGUUUUUUGUUUUAUUUACAGUUUUAUUGUGUACCUACUAUUUUUAACCUUAAGUUUGAGCCUACUUACAUUGUCCACUGAGGCUGUAAAUUGUACUGUAAACAUAAUUAAAGAUCUUUCAUUGAAAUCGCAUCAGCCAUAUCACAGGUUUCACCUUUUACAUUUGGGCUAUUUUAUGUGUACAAUUAUUUCAAAAUAUCAUGAAUGUGUGGAUAAAACACUUUAAUAAUCAUAUUAAAAGAUAUAAAGUGUUGAUGAUGAUAAAGCAAGUAACAAAGCAGUUAAAAGUUUUAGAUACCAAUUGAAUAACAAAACAAUAACGUGAAAACUGUAAAUGUAGAGUUUAAACUUUGCCGUUUAUGAGCGGUUUUAAAAGGAAAUUACAGUCCGAUAGGAAAAUUAAAAAAGCCGAUACAUAUACAAUCACGAGAGCUUCACGGAUCUUCUUUGGUAUGUCUGAUAUCCAGGGUUGGGAGGGUUACUUUUGAAAUGUAUUCCACUACAGAUUACAGAAUACAUGCUGUAAAAUGUAAUUUGUAAUAUAUUCCGUUAGAUUACUCAAGGUCAGUAACGUAUUCUAAAUACUUUGGAUUACUUCUUCAGCACUGGUAGAUUUUUUCACUUGUUUUGACUAUAAAAACUCUGCCAGUACAGUAAGACAAAAUACACAUGUUAAAAAUACAUUCUCUGAAAAACCGAAAUAUCUUAUGCAGUGUUGUUUCUAAAACAAGAUCAAUCAAAUUGAUCUUGUUUUAAGGAUAUUUAGAUAUUUUUACAGGAAAACAAUACAAAAAUUAUUAUCAAGAAUAUGAUUUUUGCCCUAAUAUCAAAGGUCUUAAUAGAAAAACAAAUUAUAUUAUUUUUUUUUUAUCUUUAUUAUCAUUCAGUAACACACUGACAGUGAUUAAUGUUGUCAUGAAACAGAGACCCUCCCCUCCAAAUCCGAACACAAGUGGUCACAGGAGAUGCAUUUAAGUGACCUGGUGUAAACAGCGAUGUGUCUCACCUGACCACGUGAUCGGAUCACCCGAGACUUAUCACAAUACCAGGUGGAAAAGGGGUCUGACUCUGCAGCUCAAAAGCUUGCAGCUGCAGUAGUCUUCUUCAGGCUUCUAUAGUUGUCGGUUGGAUGCCGAAAAUAAAUAUAUUUUUUGGCUUUGUCUGUGGUGCAAAAAAACUACAAAACAGCUUUUCAUCAGGUUUUUUGUUGUUAAAAUAGACAAAUCUAUCAGAUAUUUCUUCCCAUUUUUCUCAUAGGAAUGAAUGAGUAACUAAGUUAACGGGGCUUUGCUUUCCCCCUUGAGUGGGUGGAGCCUUCUUGCCGACUGUAUCUAUUAGAUGAUAUGCAAAUCUAUUAUGCAUAACCAACAGUCCACUCAGCAUCUGUUUGUGUUAGGUUGUAUAACGUCAAACAUGAUGUUAUUCUUUAUAUUAUCUCCUUAAUGUAACAUUAGUAUUUGUUUCUGUUUAUACACAUUGUAUUUCACAAAAAACCUCCCUGCAC